UUGUAGUGAUGGCUGGGCAGAUGCACAGAGGAGGCCACUGAUAAAUUUCAUUGCGGUCUCAGACAACGGGCCAAUGUUCUUGCACUGUGUGAAUGCUGAGGGAGAGCAGAAGAAUAAAUAUUUCAUUGCAGAGAAGCUUGAAGCUUGCAUUAGAGAGGUGGGGCCUCAAAAUGUGAUCCAAAUCAUUACUGAUAAUGCUUCGGCAUGCAAGGCCGCAGGGACAGUUGUGGAGGGCAAAUUUUCACAUAUCUUCUGGACUCCAUGUGUUGUUCACACCCUCAAUCUUGCCCUUAAGAAUAUUUGUGCUGCGAAGAAUACAGAGGCUAAUGCAAUUGCUUAUGCAGAGUGCAGCUGGAUUACAGAGGUAUAUGAUGAUGCUUUGAUGAUUAAGAAUUUCAUCAUGAAUCACUCAAUGAGGCUGGCUAUGUUCAAUGAGCAUUCGAAGAUGAAGCUUCUUUCAAUUGCUGAUACUCGAUUUGCUUCAUGGAUCAUCAUGCUAAAGAGGUUCACUGUGAUCAAGAGAAGCCUCCAGAUAUGGUUCUUAGCGACCGUUGGAGCUCGUACAGAGAUGAUGAUGUGGGAAAAACACAGUUUGUUAAGGAGAAAGUGCUUGAUAAUUUGUGGUGGGAUAGGGUGGAUUAUAUUAUUGCUUUCACUGCUCCUAUAUAUGAUAUGAUUCGGUUCACCGAUACCGACAAGCCCAGCCUUCAUUUGGUAUAUGAUAUGUGGGAUACAAUGAUUGAGAGGGUGAAGACUGUUAUUUAUAGACAUGAGAGCAAAAGAGAAAAUGACCCCUCCUCAUUUUAUGAUGUCAUACACAAGAUCUUGGAGGAUAGAUGGAAUAAGAGCAACACGCCACUUGAGUGCUUGGCGCACUCUUUGAAUCCAAGAUAUUAUCACGAGACAUGGCUCAAUGAGAAUAUCCAUCGGCAAGCACCCCAUCAGGAUGAGGAGAUCUCUUCGGAAAGGGCCAAGUGUUUGAGGAGAUAUUAUCCUAAUGCCGAUGAACGGAGGACGGUUAACUUAGAAUUUGCUAGAUUCUCGGCUGCUCUUGACACUUUUAGGGAUCCAGAUUCUCUUACCGAUAGAGGAUUGAUGGAUCCAAAAUCAUGGUGGGCGCUCUAUGGAUCCUCAACUCCAAAUAUUCAAGCAUUAGCCUUUAAGCUUCUAGGCCAACCCUGCUCAUCCUCUUGCUGCGAAAGGAAUUGGAGUACAUACUCAUUCAUUCACUCUUUGAAGAGGAACAAGAUGACACCGUCAAGGGCAGAAGAUCUUGUGUAUGUGCAUAGCAAUCUACGUUUGCUUUCUCGAUCAUCCCAAGAAUAUCAAGAAGGAGAAUCGAGGCUGUGGGAUAUUGGUGGAGAUGCAUUCGACUCAUUUCAGGGUGCCGGUAUUCUUGAUGUCGCCACCUUGUCUCUUGAUGAACCCACCAUGGAGGCUGUAUUGUUUGCUGAUGAUGAAGGCAAUGAAGAAGUCACUGGACUAGCUUCCACUUCAUCUUGAUGUAUUUUUUGUUUACAAACUUGUUAUUUUGUGAAACUUGUUAUGUUGUGAUUUGAUGGAAUGAGUAUGUACUCAAAUUCCUUUUUGUUUACAAACUUGUUAUUUU